GAGAGAGAAAAAAGAGUUAAGAAAAGGACAAAACAUGAACUUCACCGGUCAAACUUCAAGUCGUCAACCAAAUUUCAAUUUCAAUUUCAAUUUCAAUAAAGGGAAAUUUCCGGCAAUCGGUGAAAGGAAGAGAACAUGGUAUCUCGCCGGAAAGUUCGAGCCGGCUUCGGUCAAACCUCUCACAGGAAAUUCUCUCCGACAUCGGAAACCUUCUGGAAAGUAGAAUCGACGUUUCGCGAUGCCGCUCCAUCUGCCAGAAUUGGCGAGCUUCAAAGUUCAAACCCUAACCCCUAUCCCCUUUUCUCCCUCACAGAAUCUCAAAUUCAACGCUUCCAUUCAACGAUUGGCCCAAUUAACCCUUAAUUCUCUUCGCUUGCACAGUUUUACUUGUCCCCAUCAAAUGACCGCAGCAGUUGGAUUCUAACAGUAGAAGAAGUGAUACCCGGUAAGCAUCGGAAUCUAUACCUACUUUCAAAGUCAUGUUACGAAUUUGCGUUCGAAUUUCCUAAUAUCUCUGCAUUCAUUGGAUUUUGAUUUGUUUGAAAUCGCAAAAAGUUAUGGUUUUAAGUAUGCAAUUGACUGGAAAGAAGUAAUUGGUGUUCAUGUGGUUUUAUGCUCUAAUUCCACGGCUAUGGUGUUAUAUGGGGAAGGGACUCUUACUGGGACGAGACUGAAAAAAGGAAUUGGUGUUUUCUUCGUGAUAGUUUGGUUACAACAUUUUCUGAUGUGAUUAGUUUUAAGGGAAUUGGCUUGUUCUGUUGAUUUCAUAGGAAAUUAGCAUUCUAUUGAUCACAAGUAAAUGAAGGUUAAUAAGACUGUUAGUGUGAAUAUUCCCUGUCCUCCUCUGUGGAAUCGGGAAAGAUUGGUUGCGCACAAGGAGAAGCUCUGGUUAGUAGUUUGGCCGUAUAAUGAUAAUGAUUCUUUGGUGAAGAAGAUUCAAUUUACGGUUUACUGUCUGGGAGGAUUGUAUAGUAGAUUGUUGAUGCAAACAAGUUUGGGAGUUUGGUCACUUUUUGUUGGGUUGGUCUACAUUCGUGCUUUAUUGUUUGUGCCCGAGAACUAACUAUGUUUGAGUAUACACCUCAAAGGGAGCGAACAGUGACUCGUUCCUAUUUAGGACGGCUUUCCCCUCUUCAGUAAACGAGUUCAAUUGGUGUGUGGUGAAAUGGGAUUACCUGUUUACUGUUAAAGUUGUUUCUAUUUCUCUGCUGUGCCUCUGAUGUUCAACCUUCAACUGUUUGAAGAAGCAAGUGAAUAUCUUCCUAUUGGUGUCUUUUAUUUUAGAAGGGAGGAAUGGAGGAUAGAGAUAGGAUAGGAUCACUCUGUGGUGCCGCUGCUGGAGUACUAUGGUCUAUGGCCGCCCCCUACCUGGUUCUUGCCAGAUACUUACACUUCAAGAAGGGAUGAUGAUGAGAAUGAAAGAUUUGAUUCCUGGUACCUAGAUGUUUCAACUGAGAAGGUGGAAUUGCCUUCAUCUUUGAUUGUCACCUCUUCUAUUGAACUUGCUAAUAUUAAUGAUUAAUGAGUAUGGUAAUCUUUUUUAUGAUUUCAAUAUUAGAUGUUUUUCUUUGCUUGUAUUUCAAUCUUUUAACGAAUAUCUGUUUCCGGUUGUUCAGUUAGUACCAAAGGGAUAAAUUUUCACACUGCUAUUGUGGAUUCUCAUGCUUUGAGAACUCAGUAUUUUUAAGAAUUCUGAUGAUACCACUAUUUGUUGGGUUCUGUUUCUAAUUGGCCUCAUUUUUGCGUUUGAACCUUUGUGCUUCAACAUAAAAGUUUGAAGGAAUAAAUAUCAAGUCCACCCUUGUACUCACUUGCAAAUAUCUGGGAUAAACAUAGGAAUAUUCUCGAAGGGAGUACAAUACGCAGUGGUGACUUGAUAGCUUGGGCCUUAGAGUCACUAGCAACAACAUUCCUUAUCCUCCAGAGUAGCUCAGGAAAAUCCUUGAAUGAAAACCAAGUUGCCUGACCUUCAAAACAUGCAUUUCAAUAUGCACUGGUUGGCACCGUUUGUUGAAAAAGCUUGGCUGUUCACAAAACCAAACCACUUUUUGAUUCUCUGAAGAAGUUUGGUGAGGCCAAAGCCCGUGCUGAAAAAAUGAAACUGAAGACAUGAAAUCUGUUCUUGAAAUAAUCCCUAGUUUGGAAUCUGUUGAUCUUAACCAAAGUUUAGGAGAGGGAAUUUGUUUUCUUAAUAAAACUGGAUGAAGUGGAGGAAGACAUGAAGUCUGUUUUUGACAUAAUCCCUACUUUGGAAUCUGUUGAUCUUAACAAAAGUUUAGGACAGGGGAUUUGUUAACUUAUUGAUGACAUUUUCUGCAUUCUGGAGCUGGACUUAUGAGCAUUUUCUCGUCUAUGUUUAACACCUGGAAUUACGAGUACUAGAAAUUUAGAAAAGAGCUGCGGAGGAUACCUGUAUCUUGUGGGGAGGGAUCGAAGUUGAGGAGGCAGAUUGCCUAGCAAGGGCUGCUCAAGCUUGGAUAAGUCUGCACAACGCUCAGACACUCACCUAACCAGAAGAAAUGCGUAUCCGCCAUCGUGCAGUGAUCAACCACAACUGGCCGGAACUUCCUGAAGAUCUUUUCCGAUCAGUCUGUAAACGUAUCGAUAGCAGAAAAGUCAUCCGCCGGUUUUGCUCCGUCUGUAAGAAAUGGCGCUACCUCUUCAAACAUAUGUGUUCAAAAGCUUGCCUUAACAAGCUCUUAAAACUCGUACCCUUGGAAAUCCCUUCAACCGGAUUCCACCUCUUCUCGGGAUGUUUCCUGGUAUCAAGCAUAGUCACUCUCCUCCGCCCACUUGUCCCCACCACAACCACCACUGUAACCAGUGCAGUGCCACCAUGGAUAGUGAGGGUAGAAGAGGCAAAGCAGAGCAACAUUCAUCUCAAAAACCCCUUAACAGGUGAUUCUGUCAUUUCUGAACAGUCUGAAAAACUCCCCCUAAAUUUAGAUUUGACUCAAUUUCAUGUGUCUGAGCUAUAUAAGGGGUUUAAUCUAGUCGAUUGUGGUGAAAAGAUGGAUCCGGAGUCAUCUUCGACGUUGUUAAACUUGGUGAAGAAAGUUUUGGCAAUUCCUGUUGGUGGGGUGGGGGAGGAAUGUUUUAUAUUAAUGGCUGUUUUGUAUAACUGGGGUACUCUAGCUGUUUUCAGCAUAAAAGGCUGUAAUUUGACAUGGUAUCCACGGCAAUAUAUUUGUGAAGGUAGCAUAUUUCAAGAUGUCGUGAUAUUUAGAGGAAAGUUACGUGCCAUUGAUGAGCAUGGGAAACUUUACCAGGUAGAUCCUGAUCGGGUAAUAGUUGAUAAUUCCGUACUUUAUCACAUAUCGAAAAAACAGCCCAAGAGGUUAGUGGUUUCAGAGUCAGGGUAUUUGUAUCUGGUUGUGAGAAAUGCGAGAGAACAAGAAGGAAUUUCAGUGUACAUGUUGAAGUUUUCGGAGAAGUAUUGCGAAAACUCUCCGGAUGAGCAAGGGGUGUGGGAGGAGGUUAAUACUCUGGACGGUAAGGUCAUGUUCUUGAGUCCUGAUCAAGGGUUCUUUGCCUCUGCUGAAGAUUUUCCAGGGCGCGAUUUGGCCAAUUGUGUUGUGUUUUCCACCCUCUCAUUUGGAGUAAUAGAUGAAGUACCUGGUCAGGAAAUUGGUGUUUUCCGCUUGGGAGCUGCUAAUCAGGCUCUCGUUUAUCUGACUACGAACUCAUUUGCAUAUCUGUGGUCGCCUCCAAGUUGGCUUUUCAAGCCUCCUCAUACAUCACCUUUUCGAAGGGACGACGAGAAGGUGUCUUUUUUCUUUCCAGAACUUGAAUUCCUUACUUCAGCCGAUGAGAAUAAAUAUUUAGGACUUGAAGAUCUAAAAUCAGGAAUGGAGAGGAACCUUGCAAGACUUGAUCAUAUAAUAUCUGCUACUGAAACAGCUAAAUCUGAGGAGAAAGUUCAUGGAGCAUCUUCUAACCCUGCAUUGACUUCUCUAACUCAGAUCUCUGAUAUUAGUACUCCAAUGACAAUGUUCAAAGGACUCAAUGUCCGGUCAGAUUUAGCGCCCAUUUUAAGGGAAAUAUGGGUGAAGCAUGGCAACAUACUUGAUGGCUGCACUAUGCGCAAUGGUGACAUCGUUGCUAGGGCAUUAGAGUCAUUAGCAGCUAUAGUACUCUCUCUUGAGAAUAGCACAGGAUCAUCUUUCACUAAAGAAGAAGUUAAUUACUUGCGUUCAACCCUAGCCGACUUACAACACAUGAAGCUUAAUGUGGAAUGGCUGGUUCCAUCAGUAGAAAAGGCUACAGACAGUUAUAAAGCGAGGGAAUUGGUCUCUACUCUUGAAGUCAUUGGCAAGGUCAAAGUCCGUGCUUCAGAAACGAAGGAGGUGCUUCUAGCUGAACUAGCCAAGGUAGAAAAACUGGCACAAGAAGCUGAGAAUGUUGAGCUUCAUUUGUCAUCUUGGCUUGCUUGCUUACCUAAUCAGUUGGAAUAUUAAAAUUUGUUUAGUUUAAAGAGUUUUUUUUUUUCUUUUUUUAUAGCAGAACUCCUUGGAUUUUCUCCAAUUGUGAUUUUACAUUUGUUGAUAUGAUUGAUUGGAUUAUGUUUUGUUGUA